UCUGACAUAUAUUAUGGCAUAAAUAUAGUGGCGGGUGAUGUCAGCAGUGAGAAGCGUCACUUGCUGCAACACACACACACCAUCCUUCACUUCCCAUUUCAUCCUCAUUUUUCUCCUUAUUUGGUUAAUUACUUGCAGGCCGUGGGCAGUUUCUCGUGACCUACAUCUUCGUGCAAAUUUAGGAAGAAUGACAAAGAUGAGUGAAUCGCGCAUGGAAUUUCGUCUGAAGAAUACACCUAGUGACUGCAUCCAGAGUGUAAAAUUUGGGCCGUCUUCAUCUCAGUUUCUCUUGGUAGCAUCAUGGGACAAGAGUGUUCGCCUCUUUGAUGUUGUGAACAAUAAUAUGCGACUGCAGUAUCAACACUCAGGUCCAGUCCUUGAUUGUUGUUUCCAGGAUGCAGUACAUGCUUAUAGUGGAGGCUUAGAUGGUCAGCUCAAGACCUUUGAUCUAAACACUAAUACAGAAUCUGUAGUUGGUGCCCAUGAGGCACCAAUAAGAUGUGUCGAGUUUUGUCCUGAAGUAAAUAUGGUAAUUACUGGAUCAUGGGACUCCAAUGUAAAACUUUGGGAUCCACGUGGACCACGCGAGGUUGGCACAUUCCAACAGCCCAGUAAGGGGUAUGUAGUGUCAAGUAUUGAAGGCAGAGUUGCAGUAGAAUAUCUCGACCCCAGCCCUGAGGUCCAGAAAAAGAAAUACGCCUUCAAGUGCCACAGACUCAAAGAAGAUGGAAUUGAGAAAAUAUUUCCUGUUAAUGCUAUUAGCUUCCACAAUGGAUAUAACACUUUUGCCACUGGUGGUUCUGAUGGGUAUGUUAACAUAUGGGAUGGGUUCAACAAGAAAAGAUUGUGUCAGUUCCACCGUUAUCCAACUUCCAUUUCAUCUCUCUGCUUCAGUAAUGAUGGUAACACACUUGCAAUUGCCUGCUCCUUCAUGUAUGAGCAAGAAAAAAUUGAUCCCAUGCCAGAAGACUGCAUCUUUAUUCGUCGUGUAACAGACCAGGAGACUAAACCCAAAUAAGCUGGCUGACAGCAAGACGUCACAAUCGUCCAUUCAGUAUUUAUCCCUCUUGAAUAUUUUACCACCGAGGGCAGUCCAUUACACGGGUCCAAGGUGUGGUGGUGGGCUGGUGGGUUAUAGCACUCAUAGUAUCUUGAUUUUAUGUCAGUUCUUGCUAACUUUGCUAUUUUGCAGGCAAAAUUCCUGUCAUAAAUAAGAUUAUUAUACUCAGAAUGGUUUACAAUACUUGCUCUUAUUGAAAACUGAUGACUGGUGCUUUUCUUGUGUCAAAAGGAUACUGUAUUUUAAUAAUGUUCAAACUAGUGUGGUCAUAGUCUGUAUUGUAUGAUACAAAACCUUAAUGUAAGUUUUAAUAUUAAAUGCAAGUAUUUGUGGAUACGUUAAAACCUGAAAUGGGCAGUCGUGUUUCAAAUGUGUAAGACCAUAUCUUUCAAAUGUUACUCUCUGAUUAUGCUCUGUUCAUGAAACUUUUCUUCCACAAUUCAAGUUCAACAUGCAGUGCAAAUUAUAAAUUUCUGAAAUUUUUUUGGUGAACAUAAAAAUGUAGAAUUGGAGUAGUUUGUAGGAGGUACUCAGUAAACUGAAUAUGUUUGGGAACCUCUCGUUGGAAAUUGAACUUCAAGCUGUAUAGCUGUUUGAGGACAAAUUCUGUAGCAGCUUUCCCAACAAGGAAGAGCAUUUGUAUAUGGCACCGAACUCCAUGUUACUAUCCACAUGGAUGAGGGACCAUUUGUUUUGUAAAACCUUAACAGCAAUAAUACAGUAGAGCUUUGUUCAGUCUAAUAUGUAGGCUGUGCACAUGGUUAAUAUACCUGCCACCAUCCUUUACCUAAACUGUUACAUAAUUAUUUUUGCAUUUUUUGUAAUGCUAUCAACUGUCAUAUACAUGGUGGCAUUUUCUCUCCCUAAUUGCUUUGUCAACAUGCCAUAUAUUGCCGGCCAUAAGAUGCCUUUUGUUUUAGAAAAUAAGUAUGCUCAUGGUUGUAAUAAACAGAAUGCUGAAAGAAUUUCCUGGACGAUCUGCUGUAUGGUGCUAAUGUUGUUAAACCGAAGGAUUGCGACAGUCCUAGGACUGAGUGGAUGGGUGUGUCUGGUGAAAAUAUUUUUGCCAUAAGUUACUUUACUUUUUAAUUGAUGUUUACUAUAAUUAUUAAUGCUAACAUAGUUAAAUUUUUGUGAAGUCCUCUGUGACCCAUGUUUUUAAUAUAAUUUUUAAGUGAUCAAUUAUGGAAAGAAAAUAUGAAGAUAAGUACAUAAACUCAAGAAUUUUGUGGGUUAGAGUAAAGGUGGAAUGCAAAAGUGGGCUACAGUAUGUGCAUACCUUGGGGUGAGAGGUGUUUAGGAAAGACAGAUUUUGGGGGGUGUUGAGUGAUUGCUAAGGGAGUUUUUGAGAUAAGUGAGAGAAUUAUUAUGGUGGGGAACCUUUAUGCUAAUGUGGGAGAGAAUUAUAGAUGCUGUAGUAGGUAAGUUCGAUGUACCAGGGGUAAAUGAAAAUGGAGACCCUUAAUUGAGUUUUAUAGAAAGGGGUUUGAUUAUAGGUAAUAUUUUGAAGAAAAUUAGGAUAAAUAAUUAUAAGAGAUGUGUAGGGUGCUGUUAUAACAGUUUGAUAGCCUACAUUAAUAAACAAAAGUUUAAUAGGUAUACUUGAAAAUGUAGGAUUGCUGGUGGGUUUUUUUUUUUCUGUCUCAUAAACGUGCAGGAUUUCAGGUACGUCUUGCUACUUCUACUUAUACUUAGGUCACAUUGCACAUGCAUGUGCAAGCAUGUGCAGUUUUCUUCUGUUCCUUACUAGUUCUUGUUCUUGUUUAUUUCCUCUUAUCUCCAUAGGGAAGUGGAACAGAAUUCUUCCUCUCUAAGCCAUGUGUGUCAUGAGAGGUGACUAACAUGCCGGAACCAAGGGGCUAGUAACCCCAUCUCCUGUAUACAUUACUAAAUUAAAAAAAGAGAAACUUCAGAUUUUUCUUUUGGGCCACCCUGCUUUGGUGGGAUAUGGCUAGUUAGUUGAAAGAAAAGAAAGAUGUACACAUUUUUUGAGGAGCAACAGAUACAUCAUUAUUUAGUUGUAGCUACAGCAAAAGUUAGAUGGAGUACAAGGAGAGCAGCAGUGGUAGGUAAGAGGUAAGUGAAAGUAAAUGAAUUAGGGAAAGAGACAGUUUCAGAAAGAUAUAAUCAACUAUUGGAAAAAAAAAAACUGAGAAGUGGGCUAGAGAAAGCACAAGAAAUGAGGAGGGAAUCGAGGAGGUAUGGGGUAAAUUAAAGAAUGCAGUGCUAGAGUGUAUGGUAGAGGUUUGUGGUUAUAGGAGGGUGGGUGCAGGUAGGAAGAGCAGCAGUUUUUUGAAUGAUAAGGUAAAGACGGUGGAAAGGGAGAAAAACCUAUAUAUGACAGGGCUUACAAUGUAAAAAAUGUUAGAUUGAACUCAGAGCAUGUGGAGAGGAAGAGCCAGGUUAAGAGUGGUGAAGAAGCAAAAAGAAGAGCCAGUGAGAGAAUUGGAGAGAAUCAGCAAAAUUUGCUGAGAAUAAGCUGGUUUGGAGAUCAGUAAGGUAAGGAAGCCUUGAGAGAAAAGGGACUUAUCAAUUAAAUACUAUUAUUAUUAGAGGAUUGUAUUGGUGCUAUAUGGUAGGAAAUUCAGUAAAUUCUUUUCUAGUAAUAGACACAAACCAUUACCUGUGAUGUCACAAAGGUAAUUAACCCAUUGACUGUUCAAACGUAGAUCUACGUGCGCUUGCCCAGCGCUCCGAAUAUUUGGAAUUUUUUUUUUUUUUUUUAUAAAUUAAAGAGGGCAGUUUUCUGUGUGUAAUAAGACCAAAAAAUAAUUUUAGGACCAGUACUUACUGAGAUAUAAGACCAUGAAGUUGGUGCUGGAUGCUCACCUGACAGCAACAUGGAGUCCCGCCACUUGCAGAAGUGUUGCCGAUGUAACAUUUUUUCUCAUUUUUAUAUAAUUUUUAUGUUCUGAUAAUUACAAUUUAUAGUAGUUCUUGUUGUUUCAUAGCCAAUCUUUGUUCUGACACUAAUAUUAGGUACUGAAGUUGUACUCAAAUUGUCACAAACACACUGACAGGUCAAUAUUUACACCUGCCUUGGUCAUUUACUAUUGUCUAGGAAUAUAUACAAAGUAUUUAUAGGUCCCAGCAAUGUUUUAGACCUGCUGGAGUAUAUAUGAAACUCCUAGAAGCAUGGUGUUAAGACAAGUGUUACUAAACCACUUACAGGGUAUAAGCAGUGGAGUGACACGAUGACUGUGCACUGCUGCAUGGAACCCUGGCAUUAUUUGUUUUCACUGUUACACACAAACAUGUCUAAAAAUAACAAAAAAAAGGCACAAUACCAUGACUGGAACGAUACACAAAUAACCCGCACAUAAAAGAAAGAAGCUUACGACGACAUUUCGGUCCGACUUGGACCAUUUACAAAGUCACACACAUGUCUGUCUGUCAAGCUAUGUUUAUCUGUCUUUCUGCUUUCCUUUGUGUGUGUGUCUUUCUGUCUGCCCAUGUGUGUCUUUGUCUGCCUGUGUGUAUCUAUCUUUCUGUCUGCUUGUCUGUCUGGUCUCAGAGUUGCUCAUGAACCAACUGGUGUUACACACGAUUACGUCUGAUUCCUGAACAAGUGAAAAUGCGUAUUACUUGCCAGUUGCCAGACAUGCAUAUUAUGCAUUAUAUCUACAAGCACAGUAUAGCACUUUGUUUGAAUUUUUUGGGUUAUCCUAGGUAAUUUACACUAUGUAUAAUUGUAUUUACGUGUGUGUGUACCUGUGAGAUAAACAGACAGAGAUAGACAGAGCCAGAUAGAUAGAGACAGACAAGACGUAGAGACAGCCAAUCAGCCAGCCAGCCUGCCAAACAUGUCUUACACAUUCUAGAAUUUUCUUUUUACUUAGAUGACACUACCAAUGGUACCAAAAUUGAAAAGGUGUUGCACAAAUUUUGCACUUGGGUUAUUAUCGAGGUUUUUGAUAUUUCUUCUACCACUUGUGGCCACAUCCACUUCAAAACCACUAAACUCGGGGUCAACAUCACUUUCCUCUUAAAAGGGGAGUGUUGACACAUGACAUCAGUGAAUCCUUGGUGUUUGCUGUGCUGUUUGCUCUAGCUGGCUCUCAAUUGAACUGGUGCUCCCACAAGGUACUAAGUGGUCCCAGAUUUUUUUAAUAUUGCGCACACCGAGUGUUAAGACCCAUUCUGUGCUGAACAGGCAUCUCAGGCCAAUCAUGCCAAAUUUGGAGGCAGGAAGAAUAAAAUGUAGAUCUACGUUUGGAGCGCUAGUGGUAAGAACGUAGAUCUACGUUUGGACAGUUAACGGGUUAACUGACAUAGCAUAGAAUCCCACCUAUCAUGUGGGUUGAGUAUGUGAAAAUUUAUGCUCUGUGAUGUCAUUAUGUGAAGAGCACAUGAGAAAAAUAGCAUUGUAUUUGUUCUUGACACCUAAAAAAAAAACUUGUUGACCUAGGAAUGCGAGGAAAGGGUUGAUGUGGACUGAUUUGGAGUACAGUAGACCGUCAUUUAGCAUGAGUUUAUUUGGCACAAUUUGAGUAUAGCACGAUUGAAGAAUUGACACAUUUUUAUGUAACAUGUCGUAUGAUCAAUUUAACACGAUUUGCGGGAGGGGAAAAAAUUUUGAGCGCCCAGUCACCCACGGUGGGUUAUACCAUUGAGUCAAUGGAGGAGGCCUACUGCCAUCCCCCUGCCACCCACACCCACCCCCACCACGCUCCCAGCCUCUCGGUUCACACGCGUGCAAGACGAAGGUACUCGGGAACCUAGCUGUGUUUAUAUACAUACAUAUUUUCUUAAUUUUAUUGCCAUUUGUUAAAUCUGCCAAGCAGUAAUGGCACCCAGUAAGCAUACAAGUGUUGCUGAAAGUGACAAGAAAAGGUUUAAGCGUUAAAGUCUAGGAAUUGCGAAGAAAAUUGAGAUAUUAGAUAAGCUUAAGAGUGGAUCAUGUGUGGUGGAUAUAGUGAGGGCCUAUGGCCUUAAUGAAGUGUUGGUUCUUACAAUUAAAAAGAAUGAGGCGAAUAUAUGAGCUUGCGUAAUGAAUAACCCAAGAUGUCAUCUCAUGAAAAGGAUGACACGUAGGUCCCAACAGGUAAAUAAAACAAAACUUGUUGCUUGAGUUGAUUGAACAAAUGACAAAGAAAGGUGCACCACUUAAUUUCCUCUUAAUUAAGGAAAAGGCCUUACAGUUGUUUAAAGCAGUGUGUGAUAAGGAAGGAAGACCUGAAAAGGUGUGUGUUUAGCACAGGCUGAUUCCACAACUUUAAGUUGCAUAAUAAGUUACAUAAUAUUAAGUUUUCUGGUGAAAGUACUUAAGCUGAUCAUACAGCAGCAAGUAAUGUUCCUGCUGAAUUGCAGGAAAUUAUUUCUGAGGGUGGCUAUGAGCCACAUCAAGUGUUUAAUGCUGACGAGACGAGUGUUUUUUGGAAAAAAAUGCCAACACAAACUUAUAUCAGUCGGCAAGAGAAGAGUGCACCGGGCUUCAAGGCAGCAAAGGACCGCUUCACCUUGCUCCUUUGCGGUAAUGCAUCAGGUGAUUUCAAGUGUAAGCCCAUGGUUAUUUACUGCUCUAAGAAUCCUCGUGCUUUGAAAGGUGUAGAUAAAAACAUCUUAUCAGUAAUUUGGAGGUCAAACCAGUCAGCAUGGAUGACAGAGGAAAUAUUUAUUGACAGGUUUAAGCAUCACUUUAUUCCUGAAGUCAAGUUUUACCUGCACAGCAAGAACUUUGCAUUCAAGACUCUCUUCGUUCUUGAUAAUUCCUGUACUCAUCCACAAGCUUUGCUGGAUGUGACCCCGCAUGUAAAAGUUGUAUUUUUACCUCCAAAUACAAUAUCUUUAAUACAACCACUGGAUCGAGGAGUUAUUAACUCAUUCAAGUGUAACUACACAAAAAAGUUAUGAAAAAACUAGUUGCAUCAAAGGACUCUGAUUCCAACUUGGCACUACCAAGCUUCUGGAAUAAAUUUAACAUUGCAGAUGCUAUCAGCUGUGCUAGAAGUGCAUGGAAUGAAGUGCCCCAAUCAACAUUAAAUGCAGGCUGGGGAAAGUUAUCCCCUUCUGUGGUUAAUUCUUUCACUUGUUUCACCUUGCUUGAGAGUCAGGUUCAGGAAAUUGUUCAGCUGGCAAGGAGAUUACCAGGUGAUGGUUUUGAAGAUAUGAAUGAAGACGAUGUGAAUGAGCUCUUAGAAGAUGAUGAUGAUGAUGAUGAAGGCAGGAGUCCAGAGGAAAUGUUAGCAGAGCUCGAUGUACAGAUACAAGGGAGGGACAUAACAGAAGAUGAUGAUGAAGAACCUGAAGAAAACCAGUUAACAUUGCAGCAGUUACGUGAGCAGUUCCAUAUUAUUGGUAAAGUUGCAGACUUUUUCACUGAAGAGGACCCUGACAAAUCUAGCAGCAGUGCUUUGAAAUGGGGUCUAGACCAGCUGAUGCCUUACUGUCAGCUGUAUAAUGUAUUGCAGGGUAAAACAGCCCAGAGAACCAUUAUAGAAUUUAUGCACACUCCAAUGCAACCAUCGACUUCAGUACCAGAACCUCUACCAUCCACUUCUGUCGACAACCAACAACUAUCCACCUCAGCCCAGUAGGGCCACACCAUCCAUAUCUACUUUUUUUUUUUUUUUUUUUUUUUUUUUUUUUUUUUAAUCACACUGGCCGAUUCCCACCAAGGCAGGGUGGCCCGAAAAAGAAAAACUUUCACCAUCAUUCACUCCAUCACUGUCUUGCCAGAAGGGUGCUUUACACUACAGUUUUUAAACUGCAACAUUAACACCCCUCCUUCAGAGUGCAGGCACUGUACUUCCCAUCUCCAGGACUCAAGUCCGGCCUGCCGGUUUCCCUGAACCCCUUCAUAAAUGUUACUUUGCUCACACUCCAACAGCACGUCAAGUAUUAAAAACCAUUUGUCUCCAUUCACUCCUAUCAAACACGCUCAUGCAUACUUUCUCCACAAUUAUCAACACACCAUUACCCACAGUUUAAGUUAAGGUAAGAAAUACUAUUACAGUGGACCCCCGCAUAACGAUGGCAUCACAUAGCGAUUAUUUCGCAUACCGCUUACUUUAAUCGCAAAAUUUUUGCCGCGCAUACCGAUUAAAAACCCGCUCACCGAUUUUCGUCCGAGACGCGUCCAAUGUGCGCCCUCAGCCAGCCUCACAUGUGCCGCCCGUGCCAUUGUUUACCAGCCAGCCUCCGUGGUAACAUCCAAGCAUACACUCGGAAUAUUUCGUAUUAUUACAGUGUUUUCGGUGCUGUUUCUGGAAAAUAAGUGACCAUGGGCCCCAAGAAAGCUUCUAGUGCCAACCCUGUGGUAAAAAGGGUGAGAAUUAGUAUGGAAAUUAAGAAAGAUUUUGAAGGGUUUGGGGCUAACCCUGAGAAGCCUAUGCCAGUUGUGGAAUCCAUUGUGCCUACUUCAAAGAUUAAGGAAAUGUGUGCACAGUGGGUUGAACUGCAAACCUUUAUGGAUGAAAAUCACCCUGACACAGCUGUUGCAAGCCGUGCUGGUGACUAUUUCAAUGACAAUGUUGUGGCCCAUUUUAGACAAAUCAUAAAGGAACGGGAGGUACAGAGCUCUAUGGACAGAUUUGUUGUGCGACAGAGGUCCAGUGACUCUCAAGCUGGUCCUAGUGGCAUUAAAAGAAGAAGGGAAGUAACCCCGGAAAAGGACUUGCUACCUCAAGUCCUAAUGGAAGGGGAUUCCCCUUCUAAACAGUAAGAAGAUAAUGCUCUCCCCUCCUCCUCCCAUCCCAUCAAUCAUCACCAGAUCUUCAAUAAAAGUAAGUGUCAUGUAAGUGUGCAUGCCUUUUUCAGUUUGUGUGUAUUAAAAUUAACAUUUCAUGUGGUAAAAAAAUUUUUUUUUCAUACUUUUGGGUGUCUUGCACGGAUUAAUUUUAUUUCCAUUAUUUCUUAUGGGGAAAAUUCAUUCACAUAACGAUUAUUUCGCAUAACAAUUACCCCUCUUGCACGGAUUAAAAUCGUUAACCGGGGGUCCACUGUAUUUCUAUUGCAUUUGUAGUCUUAAGCAGUAAUAUAUCACGACAAUGAACUACAAUUACAUGUUCACUUUUAUUUUUGUAAGAUCUGUUGGUCUAAAAAAAAGUUGUUUGGCUUUUUGGGGGCUCCCGGGAAUGUAAUCCUAUUUUCCCUAUAAGUUCUUCAGUUCAUUUAGCAUGAUUUUACCUAAAAUGGCAUUUUCAGGAAUGUAACUACCAUGCUAAAUAACGGUCUACUGUAGUUGAAUUAGUGGGUUUAGACAGUCGUGAAAUAUCGUACAUGUAACUUAAAAACGCUAUGCAAAAUUUUUCUUCCUGUGAAUUCUGGCUUCUGGUGCAUGUUGAUCUUGAGAUGAAGAGAAGGGGUUGCUGUGGCCUUACUAAACAAAGGUGGAUGGCUGUGGGUAUGGUGGUGAUAGUGCUGAAGAGUUAUAAUUAGAUGCUCAUUCUGUAAUACUGGAUUUUACUCUGCAAUACUUAAUACAGCUGACAGUAAGGCAUCACUUGUUCCAGACUCUGCUUCAUAGUAAUGCUUCUAGCUGUCAGGUCCUUACCAGUCAUCAGUCAAAAAUUUUGCAAUGUUACCAAUACCAUCUUGCAUAUGUUUUGGAAUGUCAUCCUUGUUUUUCUACCUCCCUUCUAACUGAGAAUUGAGCUCCAGCAUUUCUUCUGCAGCUUGUUCUGCAUCAUCUGAGUUCAUUUAUGUAUUUUCAGAUCUGCCAUUUCCUGUAGUUAUGUGGUUAGCAGAUGCAUUUUUCCCACUGAACUUGAUUAUGUAACCAACUAUGCAUUCAAAAACAGCUAGGUCAUCUAGUAGUAAACAAACCCUUGUGCAGGCUGUGUUUGCACAGUCUUUAAUAGUGUGAGAGCUUCUCUUGGAACAUUAGGGGCUUUGUGGGGCACCUUACUGUUAUCUGCUUAUUCUAUGCUUUCAGAAGCUUUUCUGCAUUAUUUAGCUGUAUUGACAUGUGACAUUGUUUUUAGUUGGUCAUAAUCUGGAUUGCUCAUUGCUCAAGUGCUUUUCACUUCAUUGUCUCAAAUUUAAUGAACUGUUGAUUUUCUAACAUUGAAGCAGCACACUGUCUUGAUAGCCCACUCAUCACCUUUAAGCGUAUCUGUUACCUCAUUUUUUUUUUUUAUAAACAGCUAUAGUUUCAUGCUUAUAUUUCUUGGCUAUGGUUAACAUUCAGAGAAGAGAACAAGGUGAUGGAAAAAAAAAAAAGUGCAAAAGGAUUAGGACGA